AUGCUUGCCAUCAUAGCGAACCUGCCGAUUGGGAUUCCCUAUAGCGCAUCUUUCCGGCCCUAUCACCUGACGCAUCACAAGUCUCUGGGUGUUGAUGGCUUGGACACAGAUCUGCCAACUGCUCUAGAAGCUUGGUUUCUCGACUCUAUCCUAGGAAAAGCGUUCUUCUGUACCUUUCAGAUAUUCUUUUAUGCUUUACGGCCCAUGGCUGUGCUGCGUAUCCCUUUCACUUGGGUUCACGCCGCCAACGUGGUCGUCCAGGUUGCCUUCGAUAUCAUUCUUGUCAAGACGCUAGGGGUUCAACCCUUACUAUACUUUCUCGUAUCUUCCUUUUUGGCGGGCUCACUCCACCCCCUGGCUGGCCAUUUUAUUGCCGAACAUUACGUUUACGACUUCGUCAGUCCCGAGGCUGCUGACCCGACCAACGGCAUAGCUAUCCCUGAGACAUACAGCUAUUACGGCCCCCUCAACGUGCUCGUCUACAAUGUAGGCUAUCACAACGAGCACCACGAUUUUCCUGCAGUGCCAUGGACACGCCUGGAAAAACUGCGACAAACUGCCCCAGAGUUUUAUAAUGAUUUACCUCAUCAUGCUAGCUGGACCUACGUUAUCUGGCGUUUUAUCUGGGACGAAACAGUUGGCCUUCACUGCCGCGUAAAACGCAGAACCGGUGGACGCAUUGUUGGUGGGCGGCAGGCGAAGGUGGCAAACUGGACAGAAACCGAGAUUCAAGCUUGA